AAAACUAGGAACGUCAGGAAGGUCCUUCUCUAUAUUCACCUUUCUCACAACCAUGGCCAGCGUUAUGGACAACAGUACCGUCGUUGGCGACCGUGACACCUUUCGCAAGGAUCAAGAGUUCUCACUCCAGUCAAAGAAUUUCAAGUCGACUACCAGCCAUGGAAAACAGAGGCAACAAGAGAACCACUUCGCAACCGCGCUCGAUUAUAUGGAAGAAGAGAGACCUUUCUUUAUUGCAAUAGGCAAGGAUGGCGUAAUUGCCGCACUUCAGAAGCUCGAUAAGCAGCUUGUACAAGCCGGUCGUGUCAAUAUUCUGUCCAAGAAGACGCCAGUCAGCUGGAUAGGCAAGGAAAUCACUCCUGGACGGAUUGGAAUGAUUAACCAUGGUGGUUCACCAAAAGUUGUGACCCGUUCUGGUCGAUAUCCUAGCUUCCCUUUACGCAACUGGUGGGCACGGACCUGGUGUGGUACUAGGGGACUUUCGGAUACUGUUAUCGAAUUCCAAGGUCUGACUGUCGUUCAAGUCUCCCAGAACCAGGCAGCGGUCAUUUCUGACCCUCAAAACCACAUAUUUGUCAUUCGGAACGCGGGUUUUGUUGCAUUUUCCAUCGAGGGAACAUACGAUGUCUUGUCAAUUGUUGACCAGACCCACUUACACAGCUCUGUUAAGGACCGUGUGACUGGUAGCGUUUUGGGCUGGACCCAUGAGGUCAAGAUGACAAGCAAAAUCAAUGAUCGCGAGGAGAGGGACUUUGUGGUCGCUCUUUUCUUGAACAUUCCUGCAAAUAAUUGUGCAGUUCUGCAACGGGGUGAUGACCUUGAGUUGUUGGGCGCAGGACAAUCUGUCAUUACUAACCCCAGUGUGACUCUGCGCGGCUUGUACACCCUUGGAGAGAAUCAGCUUGAGAUGCCGACCAAAGAUAUCUUCACGCGGGACCAAGUGCCUGUCGGCUUGACAAUAUAUCUCAAAUGGCAGUUAACGGAACCUCUGAAGCUCACCACACAUGGAUACAAUACUCCUUACGAUGCUCUUCGGGACAAGACACAAUCUAUAUUGACACAGAUUGUCGCACACUUGGACUAUUCUGCAAUGGUCAAACAGCGCUCGUUUGGGCCGGAUAAUUUGGAGGACGGAAGUGAUCCUUCUUCUGCUUUCCUUGAUGCCCUAAGGACUCGUGCCAUGGAUGAAAUGCAUCAAGCUGCACUUGAAUACGGUAUCAUUUUGAAAGAUCUCGCCGUCAUUGACAGGCAAUUCAAGGGUGAUAUCGCAUCAACGAUGGAUAAACUUACGACUCGUGCUUUGCAGGCACAGGUUGAAGCAGCUAAUGUAGAUAGGGAGAACAGCAACAAAGUCAAGCAAGAAGAGGGCGCCCUUUCCGUCGCACGUAUAAAGGCCCAGUCCCGAAACACCCAAGCCGACGCAGAUGCUUACAGUGUUAUCACGGCGGCCAAGGCGCAAGCACAGCGUGUACGGAUCGAAGCGGAAGCUGCUGCUGAAGCGACCCGCAUGGCUGCGGAGGCCGACGCUUGGACCAUUCGAACCAAAGCAAAGGCUGAUGCUGAGGUUGUGGAUGACUUUGCCCGUCAGAUGGAACUCCGACGAAUGGAGGUUUCUCGGGUAAAAGCUUUUGGCUCGAAAACUGUUUUCGUUCCUUCAGAGGGGCUUGGAUCCCAACUGGGAAAUGCGAUGGCUGUGGGAAUAGCGGCUAAUAUGGGAGUAAGGACCUCUUAAAAGGUCGUUUAGAUGUUGUAUCGAUUCUGUUGUGUUUUUAUAUACAGUCAACUCUGUAAUAAUCCAUACCUGUAUAAACCCAUACGAGUCUCGCAACAG